CAAGCUCGCAGAGUAAGAGACCAUUAGAAAAUUCGGUGAGAAAAUUAAGUUGGUUGUGAGAACAUUUUUCGUUUUGAGCCAGACGUAAUCGGAGAAAUUAAUCAUGGGGAAGCAAAAGGUGGAGAUAAAGGUGACAAUGGUGGACGAAAGGAAGAAGUCCAAGGUUAUGCAAAUAAUUGCUAAGCAGUGUGGAAUCUUGUCCAUUACAGCUGAUAGGGACAAAGACAAGGUUACGAUCGUUGGCAACGAGAACUUGGACGUGACCCAUCUGACAAUGGAGCUGAGGAAGCAGAUGCGGCGAGCGCACGUCGCCAUUGACACGGUCACGCAGGUGGACGAGAAGAAGGAGAAGGAGGAGAAGGAGAAGAAGGAGAAGCAGGAGAAAGAGAAGAAGAAGAAGGAAGAAGAGGAGAAGAACAUGUGCAACCCCAAACUUGUUCACAUGCCCUAUCCUGUGCAGUUCUGCGUCGACGAGCCCAGCCCGGCAUGCUGCGUGAUGUAGAUAUUUAUAUAUCGCAUGAAAUCACUACGGGUGUAUUGUGGAGAAUUUUGGGACAUUUGUUUAUCAACUAUGCUACAUAAUUUUACACACAUAUAUAUAUAAGUAAUGAGAUCAAAAUAUGAUUAG